UGUCACCACCCUGGAAUCCGUUCUUCACGUUACACGUAUUUACUCUGCAGAUGUGCUUAUAAAUCCGUUCUUCUGCACUGCAGAGAGCGCGAGAGCGGCGACGAGAGGAGGAGCCAACGGAGAGAAUUUCAAGAUGGCUAAAUCUGGAGCGUUGGAUCUCGCUACGGGAGUUGGAGGAAGUAUCAAGAAAAAAGAUGUUGAAUCAGCUGUGGAGAAGUAUGAGAAAUACCAUGUCGUAUUUGGAGGUGACAAGGAAACAAGGAAAACUAAUUAUAGUGAUAUGGUAAAUAAAUACUAUGAUCUUGCAACUAGCUUUUAUGAAUUUGGCUGGGGGGAAUCUUUCCAUUUUGCAUCCAGAUGGAAAGGUGAAUCAUUAAAGGCAAGCAUCAGACGUUAUGAGCACUUUCUUGCCCUUCAGCUAGCCCUCAAAAGUGGAAUGAAGGUAUUAGAUGUUGGAAGUGGAAUUGGUGGUCCUCUGAGGGAACUUUCUCGAUUCAGUUUAGUGUCCAUCACUGGGUUGAACAACAAUGAAUACCAAAUAACCAGGGGAACUGAGCUAAACCGCUUAGCUGGACUAGGCGAUUCUUGCAAUUUCGUCAAGGCUGACUUUAUGAAGAUGCCUUUCCCUGACAAUACUUUCGAUGCUAUAUAUGCUAUAGAAUCAACCUGCCAUGCCCCUGAUUCUCUUGGAUGCUAUAAGGAGAUUUACAGGGUAUUGAAGCCCGGGCAGUGCUUUGCUGCUUAUGAAUGGUGCAUGACUGAUCAUUAUGAUCCCAACAAUCAGAUCCAUAAAAACAUAAAGGCUGAUAUUGAGGUUGGUGGUGGGCUUCCUGACAUAAGGUCGACAUAUCAAUGCCUUGAUGCCUUACAAAAAGCUGGAUUUGAGGUUAUUUGGAAGAAGGAUUUUGCGGCUGAUUCACCUGUACCAUGGUAUUUGCCUUUGGAUACCAGACAUUUUUCAUUAAGUAGCUUCCGCUUGACUGCUUUUGGACGUUUUAUCACAAGAACAAUGGUUCGGGUGCUAGAAUUUGUGCGACUUGCUCCGACAGGAAGUACGAGAGUUUCAUCAUUCUUGGAAAAGGCUGCAGAAGGUCUGGUAGCUGGUGGAAGGAUGGAGAUCUUCACCCCUAUGUACUUCUUCCUGGCUCGGAAGCCUCUUUCAGAAUCCUGAUGAACAAAAACCAGUUUAACACAGAAGCUCCAGAUGUUUUUGUAAUCCAAUGGCCUUCGAGAGGACAUCAAUGAGCAACCAGAAGCCAUUGUUGACGAUGAUUUCUUCAUUGCCAUUUCAACUCUAUCCUGCAUGUAUGUGUGUAAUUAUUCUAUUUUAUUUCAGUAUAAAGAAUUAUCCUGCUUUGUAUUAAGAAUUAUCAUUUUGAUUAUUUUGCACUGCAUGAAUACUUUAUUGUGUGCAAGUGGACCUGUUAUUGACAUGUUUAAUAAUCUAUGUACAUGAAGAGCAAUAAAUGAACAUGAAAGACAUUAUGGAAGUCAAAUUGCAUUCAAA